AUGGUUUGGUUGCAUGCGGAUCAUCUCAAACAACAGCUGCUUAGAGUUCAGCUAACAACAAAUCCUUCUGAGACACCUUCUUCACUUUUGCAACAUCUUAGUACUGUUCUGAUUUCUUUGGGAAACCGCCGACCGCAGACUAGAGCAGGUCUGCUUAUGCUGCUUUCAACAUGGCUGCACAAUUGUCCACUCGCAGUUGCACAGUUUAUCGCAGUCGAAGAGAAUGUCCAGUAUUUAACGACACAUAUUGAUGGAUAUGGCACAGAAGGUUCUGAGGAUGAGAAUCAAGUUGUAAGGGGGUUAAUAGCCUUUCUGCUUACAAUAUGCUUAGUCUUCGAUGAAAGUGGCGAGGAUAAAAGCAGAAAGAAUGCUUUGAGUAUGGUAGUGGAGCGCCGCGUCGGAAAGGAGAAGUUAGUUGAGUUACUGGAAGGUCUCUCUCAUAGUGAGCAUUACGUAAAAGCUGCACAACGACCGCAACCGUUGGCGAAAUCAGCUCAAGACUUAUUGUUGGAUUAUCAUUUUACGAAGUUCUUCAAAAGUGUCGAGGGUCAAAUGGUCAAACAGAUAUGUCCAUCUGCCGAAAUAAGUUCUUCCAAUAUCAAUAAUGACAGUGUUUUUAAUUCAUACAAAGAACUGAUAAAGCGUCAGGAUGAAACAAUCGCAUCAUUAAGUCAACAGAUAAAGAAGCUCAAAGAAGAUGCUGAAAAUCAGCAGAAUUAUGAUAAGGAAAACGAAUUAGCUUCACUUUGGAAGCAGCUUGCUGAACAGUGCCAUGUGAAUGGAACCAGUAUUUCUGGACAACAAGAAAUUGAGCAUUAUAAGUGUAUGGCCAUGCAAUGGCAAUCAGAGGCGAAAAGGUACCAGAAGUGGGCAGAACAAUGGCAGCAGUACCAGAUUACUCAGUCAUCGAACCCUCAAGAUCCAGUGGUGGAACAGCUUAUCUUUCAAAACAAGGAAUUGGAAGAGCAGCUGGAGCACGGCUGGCAAAUGUACAAUUCUCAAGGACUAUCAUUAGCAGCCGCUUUGUCAGAGAUCGAACAAGCAAAAGCAAAAAUUCGUAUUCUCGAAGAACAAAUCGCUCAGACAGCUUUGGAUCGUACUUACAAACAAGUGGUACCUGCAGAGAUAGUAAAUAGUGACGAAUUGACAGUAUUGAAAAAGGAACAAGAAGAUUUGCUGGUAUUACUUGCUGACCAGGAUACUAAGAUACUUGAAUAUAGACGGAAAUUAACGGAAUUGGGGCAGGCGGUUACAGAUGACGAGGAUACUGAUGCAUAA